AACGGGCUCAUUAUUUACCUGCAUAUACCUGAAGGCCACCAUCUCUAGUGGCCUUGGCGGGGACAGGAAUCUGUUGGUCCUUUCAUGAAUACAUCUUCUCCAGAAGACUUCCAGUUACUGAUUAUCGCCUUGCAGCUGAAAGCCUUGCCAUUACUUAGUUUUCGUAUUAAAACCGAAAAUUCUUGCCGAUAAAAUAUGUCACUCCGAGAGUUGAGGUCCAUGGUGUGGGUGGUGGUGGUAGUGAUGGGCACGGUGUUGGGUGUACGGUGUCUGGUGUUAAGCUACAUUGACGUGGACGUUCGGCCUGUAACCUACGGUGAACCGCCACGUAACUCCCCGCACAAACAUCAUCAAUCAUGUAGAUCGCUGUUUACAAUUACAGACGCGUUUCAGUAUAAACACAAAGUAAAUAAUUCCAGUGAAACAGGCGGCCUGGGUUCGCUAAGUGAAGGCUGGGGAACGAGUGAGGAGCCUUUACGUAUUAAUUCCGAAACCGUUGGGAGAGUGCGACGCCUCGUGCGGAAGCGAGAGUCCCCUUCAGGAGCGUCGACUCCUGACUAUUAUUCCAUCGCCAGACUCCUCCCCAAGUUGCUAUUCCUAGGACAACCUGAUCCCAACACUGAUGCAGGUAGUACAGGUGAAAUAGAACGACAAACACCCAUAAGAGAAGAAAGAAGAAAAAAACGACGACCUCCAUAUUUCCUGCGAAGAAGUAGAAUUACUGGAGGAGUCCUGCCACAUGUUUCCUGUCGAAUAGCGUUGUAUGAGCGGCCCUCCAUCUUCGCCGCCUGCAUCAGGAAGAGGGUGGAGAGGAAGCCCAAACUGUGGCUGCACUUCAUGGGCGACUCCAAGAUCAGGAUGUUAUUCGACAACGUGCUCAACAGGACGGACUCAGUGUACCAUUAUAUGGUCAAACAUCAUGAAGCCAAUCACCACCUACAGGAUAUGGACGAGCCGUGGUCUGAGAUGGUUAAGAGGUGGAACCACAGAGACAUCCGCUACCGGGACAUGGAGGUCACUACCCGGCUCCAACCCCAGCUGCUCCUCACAUACAGUUUCAGAGACUUCAACCAGCCACACUGGGCCUACUAUGACCAGACCAAAGAGCUGCAGGAGCUGGACGCCUGGGCCUCUGGGAGCGCUCCCGUGCCUGACCUCCUGGUCCUUGGAUACGGCUCGUGGUUGAUGCAGAUAACUGAGUUAACAAUGAGAGACUCCCAGAACUUCCCACACGACAUCCUCGACUUGCUUCUGACGAUGCACCAGAAGGUCGUCCCGCUGCUGGAGAAGAUUUCAGAAAGGUGUCGUGUGUUGGUCGUGCCGCAGAGUCGCAUGCGGCCUCACUCAGACUACAAGAUGAACUUCCUUGCCGCCUUUAACCCAGCUUACUUUGACUGGUCGGAAAAGACCUUCCUGUACCUCCAGAGUCAGUACCGGACAUCCUGGGGCUCAACAACUGCUCGCUCUGCUGCGGUCGCUGCUGCAAGUUAUCGUGUCAUUGAAGCUGCUCGUUCCCAUGCGACUGCUGCUGCUCUAUCUAGUUACUCUAAUGGUCGUGACAAUGGUACAGCCACUUCUCCUCCCUGGGGAUCAAAAGACUCAUCAGCACCACAAGAAACCAAACUUGCAGAAACAAAAUGGCAAGAUACUUCGGAUCCCAUGGCCGACAUGGUCCAAACCGAGACCCAACCUCAUAUUACGGCUUCACCAAACUAUCCAAAACCCCACAAACUCCCAUACGUGACCACGACCCAGAGAGAGCUCUCAGGCGACUACCUCGACCACCUAGACCCUAUCCAGACCUCCUCCUCGGGGUUGUGGUGGUGGGACUCUAGCCUCCCUCUCAAUCUAGCAGCGAUUCUAGAGUGUGAUGAGCUGUACCAGCAAGGGUACACCUGGAGUGGGUUGUACGCCGACCCUCAGCUCCACUGCAGGGACGGCCAGCACCCUGAUACACUCUCACUCUCCGACAUGACCACCAUGCUCAUGAACCUUAUGUGUAACUCCCUGCUACAACAACACGAACCCGCUUUGUGUUGUGGGUAGUGGCUUUGUGUUGUGGGUCGUGGCUUUGUGUUGUGGGUCGUGGCUUUGUGUUGUGGGUAGUGGC